UUGUAUCUGUGCUGUCGGUUGGAUUCAGCUUUUCUUCAGAAACAAACAGACUUCAGCCCUUCACCCUCACCUGCGAACAGGUGAAGCUGCUCCGCCUCUCAGCGUGAGCCAAGUUUCAUUGCUCUGACCAGGAGAAAAUCAAUACGGGAGGGCACAGCAGUGCUGUUAAAAUCACACAGUGCAACACCUGAAGCGGGCGGCACCGAGAAAAUCCCGACAGUGUAAAAAACCGAAGAAAGACAGAAAACUGAAAUGAUUUUAACGUCUGUGUUUUACUUUCGAGGAGUGAGAUGAGCUCGGAGUCGCUCUGAAGUCUGGACCUCAUUUUACAUCCGUUCAUUUGAUUUUAGAGCAGAACACAACAGCAGAAUGAGUGCUUUUCUUAAAUACUACACUUGAUAUAAAUAGUAUUAUACUGUAUUGUUUAGGAUGUGAUGAGUUCCACCACGACUCAUCAGCUAGACGAUUCCUCCCGGAGUCCCUGAACGCACCAUGGUGAGUCCCGGGUGUUUAACAUUCUGCCCUGGACAGCCGCAGGUUGUUGCGCAAGCGCAGCCCAUUCAGUCUGCAUGAAUACGGAGUGAGAGGACAGGAGCUCUGGGAGCACUGGGAGCACUGGGACUGGGAGGACACAGUGGACUGGACAGACCGGACCCGGGCAGGCGGACAUGGAUGGACAGAACGUCAGCAGCGGCACCGUGACGGACGGCAGGAAGAAGAAGAAGAAAAUCCCCGACAGGGUGACUCUGAAGAAGGAGAUCGGGCUGCUGAGCGCCUGCACCAUCAUCAUAGGGAACAUCAUUGGCUCUGGGAUCUUCAUCUCUCCAAAGGGGGUCCUGGAGCACUCGGGCUCAGUGGGUUUGGCGCUUGUGGUUUGGCUACUGGGAGGCUGCAUUGCUGCCUUGGGCUCCCUCUGCUACGCUGAGCUGGGCGUCACCAUCCCCAAGUCUGGAGGGGACUACUCGUACGUCACAGAGAUAUUCGGCGGUCUGAUGGGGUUUCUCCUGCUGUGGAGCGCCGUCCUCAUCAUGUACCCGACCACGCUGGCUGUCAUUGCCCUUACCUUCUCCAGCUACGUCCUGCAGCCCGUCUUCCCAAACUGUGUUCCUCCAUACAUGGCCACACGGAUGCUGUCCACCACAUGUCUCUUGCUGCUGACCUGGGUGAACUGCUCCAGCGUUCGUAUGGCCACCAGGAUCCAAGACAUCUUCACGGUGGGGAAGCUGAUGGCCCUCGGCCUCAUCAUUGUGGUCGGCCUGGUCCAGAUCUGCAAUGGGAACUACGAGGCGCUGACUCCUCAGGUGGCCUUUUCCCUGGACAGGACGCCGUCAGUCGGUCAGAUCGCUCUGGCCUUCCUGCAGGCCUCCUUCGCCUUCAGCGGCUGGAACUUUCUUAACUAUGUCACGGAGGAAGUAGUUGAACCCAGGAGGAAUCUACCUCGUGCCAUCUACAUCUCCAUCCCAUUGGUGACCUUUGUGUACACGCUCACCAACAUCGCCUACUUCUCCUCCAUGUCGCCCGAGGAGCUGCUGUCGUCUAAUGCCGUGGCUGUAACAUUUGGAGAGAAACUGCUGGGAAUGUUCUCCGUCAUCAUGCCGAUCUCCGUGGCUCUGUCCACCUUCGGAGGAAUCAACGGCUACCUGUUCACCUCCUCCAGGUUGUGCUUCUCCGGGGCCAGAGAGGGUCACCUGCCCAGCCUGCUGGCCAUGAUCCACUAUAAGAACUGCACGCCCAUCCCUGCCCUGCUGGUCUGCUGUGCUGCCACCAUUGUUAUACUCUGCAUCGGAGAAACACACAACCUGAUCAACUACGUCUCCUUCAUCAACUAUCUGUCGUACGGCGUCACCAUCGCAGGCCUGCUGUUCUACCGCUGGAAGAAGCCCAACCUGUUCCGACCCAUCAAGGUGAACACGUUGGUUCCUGUGUGCUACCUGAUGUUCUGGGCGCUGCUGCUGGGCUUCAGUCUUUACUCAGAGCCGGUGGUUUGUGGUGUCGGCUUAGUCAUUAUGCUCACCGGCGUCCCUGUCUACUUCCUGGGCGUCCACUGGAAAGAGAAACCAAAGUGCAUCUACAGCUUCAUUGAGAGGGCGACGUAUGUGGGCCAGAGGUUGUGUUUCGUGGUCUUCCCUCAGUUUGACCCCAUCGAGGUCGCCAAUCCAGCAGAAUGGACUGACCCGUCUUCGGGCGGGAGCAGCUUGUCUGCCACUUCUUAAAAACUGUUUUCUGAAUAUCUGCAGGUCUUUGUUGUUUUUAAGCGUGCGUAAAUGCAGACACUUUGUCCUGGAGCUUCCUGUCUCACCUCUGACUGGUUUCCCUGCAGUUGAGUGGAAACGCCUGUUCAUCUGCACGGGCUGCUUGCACUUUUUUAUUUUCUUCUACUAAGUCGUCUAGUCGUUUCAUCAGCCUAAUGCCACCAUAUCACACUGUGAGGACUUUUUACUCCCACGUUGGAUCCAUUUCUUUGUUUUUCUGUGAUAUGACAGGACUUGAACCAACUGACGGUCAUUUCUUCUGAAUGUUGCUGGCGUUUUUUUGUGCCUUCAGGCAUUUUCACACCAAGUCCCAAACAGACCUUCAUUCAGUUUUCUGAAAACAUUCAGAAAAACAUAUUUCAUAUAGAGUGCAGAAAAAGAGCUUCACAUUCUGCAGUUUGGUCCAUUUUGUCUGGAUUGAAGGGAAACGAAGAGAAGUAACCAUGAAGUGACGCAGACUGACAGGUAACUCGUUGAUUGGACAGUUCCAUCGACUGUCAGCCUGCAUCAUCUGGACCAGAUGAGCAAAUAAGAAAGAAGUUUAUGCAGCACUUUAAUGCCUCUCGUGUGGGCUUAUACUCUACUGUGUCACAAAGAGCUCACAAAGAAAUAACUGAUUAUGAUCCUCAUUAGUGUUAUUAGAUUGCAUAUUGACUGCAUGUUGUGAAUAAUGACUAACAGGUGAGGAUUGAGGGUAUUGACUUAUGCAGAUCAAUUUUAAGAUCAUUUCCUGGUCAGACUUAAUGACCAGCAGAUGAUUUCUUAGUAGUUUAUCUUUUGAAAUUGAACUAAAAUCACAUAUGUGCAGUUCUAAAAGCCUGUGUUUGGUUCAUUUGCGGUUUGUCAGACAAAGCGCUCCAGGGUUCGGUGGGAGCGACUUUGCAGCUUCCCUCCUUACCGUUUGUUGGCCAUCUUGGCCAGUUCAUUUUGUCCAACAACUGAGUGCAAUUGCUGUGUUGUGCAUACACCCAAAUGAGCUGAACUUUGAGUGGGAAACUGCUCUGAACGAGCCAUCAGUGAAAGCACCUUAACGUCUUUGGAAAUGACUGAAACCCAUCCUUGAACAAAUGCUAGUGUGAGUCCGCGUCAGGAUAGCAGGCAUUCAUGACCCCCAGAGGCUGAAUCCUCACGGCUCUACUGAUCCGCUGACUUUUCCUCUUGUGCCAUGUGAUGGAUUGUGAUGAAAUGUGUCUCACACAUUCAUGUCCUCCUCAGGAUGAACUGUAAUAACUUUGGUGAUCCUCUGACUUCUCAUCUAGCGCCACCAUCAGGUCAGAGUUUGUAUGUGUCAGCUCCUGUGGUUUAAAUAUCUGCAGCACUGAUGACGUUUGUGACAUCUUUGGUGUCAUUGGUGCACACACAUUGGUGUGGACACAUCAGACUUGGUGUGAAAAAGCCUCUGUUAAGGAAAAUGUAUAAUCAGAUGUUAUUAACUGGUUCGCUGUAUUAGGUUUUAAUAUAUUUUGUGUGUGCCUCUCACUUUGCGUAUUUGAUUCUUUCAGAAGCAUUUUGGUCUUCCAUCAGUUGUCAUCUCUGUGUUCCUCUCAUGUAAAACCAGAUGGCUCUGGACUCAUUUUGCACAAACACUGAAACUGAAGGCAAGCUUGAGUUGUCUUAUCUACUGUUCACGAAGUCUUCAGUUUAUCUGCUGCUGCUCUCACGUCACUCUGGUUUGCUGACUCACGCUGUGAUUCUAGUCAGAUCUAGAAAUACUUACUUAUUCUCACAGCUAAGUGAGAUUUUAAACUGCUGUUGUGGCAGCUAUUUGGCCCUCGUUAUCUAUACUAAGCAAUUUUAACGUGAGUUUUUGUUUUGAUUGUGUGUGGUUACUUAUAUGACAUAAAGAUGGAUGACGUGUCUCCACUUCCUCUCACUGUACAAAAGUGAAGCCAGCAUAUCUCAGGUAUGAGUGCUGUCAUCUUGCUCUGGUGAUGUCAUUUGGAGCCAGAGUCUGUGCAGUAGUGAUCAGGAGGUGGAGUCACAGUAUUGAAUUCCUGAACACACACCUCUCUGAGCUGUACUGCAGCCAGCCACCAGGGGGUGUCCAGAUGUUCUGACUUCACUUUGGUCUCAUGUCAUCCAUCUUUAUGCAUAGUCAGUAGGUCUACCACUCGCAUAUCUUUCUGUUUAUGUGGUCGGACAGCUGUGCUGUUAUAAAAUACUGAUUUAUCGAAUGCUAAACAAGAAUUAUGUUUGCAUCAGCUGGUUAGCAUUCGUUUAGACUCUUAAUCAAAUCAUUACUGUGUCGUAAGUGUGUAGUUGUUGGACACAUAAAAACAGAAAGAUGUGUCCAUAACAGAGAGUCUGCUGUACAGUUCGUACAGUCACACAGAUGUCCAAAUGUCUCUGAGCUUGAAGUAUAAAAAUAUUUGUAAAAACCAGAUCUUCAUUUCUGGUGCAAUAGAUCCCAACGUUAUGGCUGAAGCAGUCUGUGCUGGUGGUCUUGAGUGCUUGCAGGCUAGCUGUGUAUCCUCAAGCUGCAUCCCAGUGCCAAAAAGCUAAGCCUUAUAGUUUGCUGUUGUGAAGGUCAGGAAGUCAGCCGUUAACAGAAAGCUGAACAACAGGCCUCACCAGAUGUCCUUCAUGCAGUGAAAUAGUAAACUUAAAGACAAAGAAAAUUGUUCCAUACUAUUUGCAAUUGAUUACAUUUUUGGCAGGUGCCAAUUCUGGAUUUUUUGAGUCAACUUUAUUGAUAAUGUUUCCAUGCUAGUGAGUUUGUAUGCAGUUCAGCACUGGGAUGCAGCUUCAUUCAUGCCCAAGUUUCUAAAUGUUUUUGUCUUUUACUUCUUCAUUUCACCUGCUUCUGCUUGAUUACUGAGACCAGCUGAAUGCAUGUCUGUAUUUUAACAUUUUGUUUUAGUAAUCUGCAGUCGAUGCACUCCCAUUCUGUGAAGGCUGUGUGUUUGUUGUCACUUGGGUUUGAUUUUAUGUUGAAACAGAAAGUGACUGCAGUCACAAACCUUCACGGUCACAGUCCCAGUUUAGCUUCUGGAGGAGAUGCAGAAAUUCACAGAUCUGCCACCUUCCUUUCACUGGUAUUCUUAUUACUUUGUAACAGAAGUCUUUAACUGCGUUAAGUAGACACAUCAAUGUUCCUGUUUUCAUAGGCCAGACGCCAUUCAUUCUGUUGAAAACUAAAAAGCUGAAGUUCAGGAGAUGAGGAAGACCACAGGAUGUGUAGCAGCUGGUAUCUUCUUCACCUCUCACAUGUUUUCUUGACAUUCUUUGACACUGUAAAUUAUUUGUAAAGCAUUGAUGGCAUCAUUACACGGGAUGUUAACCUGGAGGUGUUUUAGAGCACUUUUUGUAAAAAUGAGUAUAUAACGAUAGCUGCACAAUAAAUUCAAAACGAAUUGGAACAGGACUCCUGCUUGACUUUCUG